AGAAUCCUCUUGGAUUUUUGGACAGAUCAAUCCAGGUUCGUCUUUUUGUUGUUUCUCUGUGGAGUCAAACCAGAGACGAACCGGAGACCUUUUCUGCCCAUAGUCCAAUUUUCUGCCACUAGUCCACCGGUCCUCUGUGUGUCAUGAAGAGAGCGCUGUGCUGAACAGUGGAAGUUAUAAGAGACGACCCCAAAAGGGAAAAAACACUGUAAACAUCAUCGGUUAAUAACUGAAUACAUGUGAUUAUCAGUACAAAGGCACGUGCGCAUACACACACACAGUCUCUCUCUCUCUCUCUCUCUCUCUCUCUCUCUCUCUCUCUCUCUCUCACAGAAGAAGCCACACCAUGCAUAAUUUUUUCUUUUUAAAUGGAGUUUGAUAUUCUAUGCAUUUAGUUAAAAGGGUGUGUUUAAAUUUUGUAGGACUGAGAGGCCUUCACCAUUGUGUAAUACACAAACAUUUACUCAGUGACACCAAUAAAAAGGGGAAGGGCAGGUGGAAUACUUCCAAAACUCACACUGCAAAAAAACACGUAACAGUUACUCCUCUCCCACAAUGAGGCUACUUAAACGAGGCAUGUUUCUACUGCUCCUGAAGCUCACCAUUGCACUGGGAUCACUAUGGAUCCUCUCCCUACUAACUUGCAGUGAACCAGGCUGGAAUCCCAGCUCAGUUCUCAUGUACAGCUGGUUGGAGUAUACAGACUCUGAUGACAGCCCAGAGAAAGUGUGUAACUGCUCAGCUAUCCUGCAGGGAGAGAGGGAGGCACUGGAGCAGGCCAAAUUACUGACCAUCACCAAAGACUUCCACAAGAGUGUUCACAUCCCUGAUGAACAUUACAUGAAUGCAACCGAAGACUGCAGUGCAUUCAAAUUAAGAAGAAAAUACUUGACAUCUCCGUUGAGCCAGGAAGAAGAGGACUUCCCCCUGGCAUACUCUAUGGUUGUGCAUCAUAAGGUGCAGAACUUUGAGCGCCUGCUGCGAGCCAUCUACGCACCUCAAAAUAUUUAUUGUGUCCAUGUGGACAAAAAGGCAGACUCCUCUGUCUUAUUUGCCAUCUGGGCAAUUACUGACUGCUUCCCGAACGUCUUCUUGGUCAGUCAGCCUGUUGAUGUGGUCUAUGCGGCCUGGUCACGUGUCCAAGCUGACCUUAACUGUAUGGCGGAUCUCUAUAACAGCAGCAUACAAUGGAAAUACAUCAUCAACCUUUGUGGCCAAGAUUUCCCUCUGAAAACAAACUUGGAGAUUGUAAGGACACUGCGUUCACUGAGGGGCGGGAACAGCUUAGAGUCAGAAGAAAUGCCCGGAUAUAAAGUGGGGAGAGUGAGAAAUGCACACAAAAUAAUAGAUGGAAGAAUCCAGGAUACAGGGAAGGCAAAGAAAACUCCUCCCUUCAACAUAACCAUAAUGUCUGGAAAUGCCUACUUUGUGGUGAGCCGGGGUUUCAUCCGCAGUGUGUUGGAGGACCGCCGAGUGCUGGCACUGAGGGAGUGGUUCAAAGACACCUACAGUCCUGAUGAAUUUCUCUGGGCAACCAUUCAGCGAAUGCCCAGAGUUCAUGGCUCAACACGGCCCCACAGGAAAUAUGACAUGUCAGACGCUAAUGCCAUCGCUCGCCUGGUGAAGUGGCAGUGGCACGAGGGGUCGCAGGAUUCACCUGACGCGGUGUACCCAGAGUGUCAAGGCAGUCACGUCAGGGAAAUAUGCGUAUAUGGUGCAGGGGACGUAAAGUGGUUGCUCAAGCAGCAUCAUCUCUUUGCUAACAAGUUUGACAUAGACACAGAGCCCGUUGCUGUCUACUGUUUAGAGAAAUAUCUAAGAAAAAAGGCACUGUCUGGUCUACAAUAGAUAUACAGGAUGUUUUUCAUAGCAACUGACAAUGGCAUUCAAUUCAAACCUUUUCAAUACAUGUUUAUAAUUCUAGAGUGAUGAACACAAAUUAAAAUGUUUCAUUAGUGGCACUAUAUUAUUCAGUCGUAUUUCUGCUAUUCGAGCAGUUUAUCAGUGUAACGAUUAAAAUAAUCUGAUUUUGUUAUGUCCGUGAUGUUGCUCUGUUUGAUUGUUGUUUUUCCAGAUCUGUGAAUGGGGUCAGAUCAGCAGGUCGAUCAGGGAGAGGUGUGUAGGAUCAGGUCUCUGAGAAAGGAGGGGCUGGAGUUGACAGAGAAUGGAUGACGGGUGCUGCAUUAGAAGACAUUUCAGUCGACCGAUUGCAUUUAUCUGCUGAACUUUUGCAGAUAGGUUGAAGUAAACCGGUGUCCAAACGUGGUCUUGUCCUGAGUGUGGUGUCUCUUUGUCUUUCUGUUCAGCUCACCUUAUAUUUACCAGCACAGAUUGUAUGUUCCAGGCAGGUGAGGCUAUAAAGCAAGUCAGUAGUGAGGGGGGGGAGACAGGAGUUGGCAGCUUGGUGAGGCUGCAGAUUUUUCUAGGUUGUUUUUCUCUUUUUCUUUCUCUGGUAUGAUUUAGUUAUUUUUUGCAUUUCCCAGGAAUAUUCCUGUCUUUCUGUUGUAGAACCUUGUUUUUAAUAAAAUGCUAAACAUUUUCAUCUA